AUGGGCCGCAGAGCAAAAUACCUCACUCUAGAUGACAAAAUGGCUGCGUUGCGACAGCAGAAAGCAGCAUAUUCGCGAACCGAACGGGGAAAAGCAGCACGACAAGCUCAAAAUGCUCGUGCUUAUAUGAAACAUCACAGACGACGAGGUACAACUAAAUCAGCAGAAUCUGAAUCAGUACCACAGUCUUCACCUAAAUCUUCACCUGCACCUGCACCUGCACCUUUACCUGCACCCGAGCCUAAACCCAAACCCAAACCCUCCCCUACUGUAACGACCACUCCCCCACCCCCAUCUCCCCUCCCAAGCAGCAUACUCACUCUCGCCAACCUCCCCCUCCCAAACUCCUUCCUCUUCCACCAAGCCCUCAGAGGUUCCCACCUAAUCGACGAAUCCGACCUCCCCCAAUGGGACAAACCACCUCCCUACACUAGCACACCGCCCCCCGACACACCCGCCGAAGCGCAGUUUACGAGGAACCUUGUUGAUGUGAUGCAUGGACGGAGGUUGCGUUUGGAGAGGGAGGGUGUUGUGGUGCGUGGGCGGAAGUUUGAGAUUGGGGAGAUUGGGGCUGGGCGUGGGGCGUUGAGGGAGGUGGAGAGGAGGCUUUUGGAUGAGUGGGAAUGGGGUAAGGAGUUUGUGAAGAGUGGGGAUAUUUGUGAGAGACAUAGGAUUAUGGCGGAGUGUUGGAGGCAGUGGCAGGCGAGAAGGAUAUUUAGGUAUCGGCAGGAGGCAGAUUCAUUGGAUGCUGGGCGAAAUCCGUAUUUAUGUGUAGAUCAAGUGUAA